AUGAGGCGCUCCAAUGCAUUGGUUCUCCUCUCAACCUCCCUUUUGGGUCAAGCACACGCUCUUCUCGAUGCAGAUGCACUAGCGACGCAAUAUUUCGGUAACGACGCGCCAUGGUACCGUAAUCGUAUCCCCUUCUUCGAAUCUAGUGACAAAGACAUCACCGACGUCUACUACUACCGCUGGAAAGUCUUCAGAGCCCACCAGCGCGAUUUGGGUGCUGAUGGCUUCAUCUCGACGGAAUUCCUUGACGAUGUUGGCUGGCAGACCGCACCUUAUGCGUCCUUGAACGAUGCAACCGGAUUUCACCUCCUUGAAGGGCGUUGGCUACGCGAUCGACGCUUCAAGGAGGACUAUGCAACUUUCAUGUACAGCUCCAAGAGCAAUACCCGCCAGUUCUCUGAGAGUAUGGCCACAUCCGUCUGGCAGGGAUAUCUGGUCGAUGGCGUUGCGUCAGACGCCGUAUCCCGACUCGAUGCCAUGCAGUCUGUAUUCAAUGCGUGGGUGGAUGCGUACGAUACGUCAAAGAGCCUUUAUUACGUCGAACCUAUCCGCGAUGCAACCGAGUACACUAUCUCCAGUAUCGACGCAUCGAACGGUGUCGAUGGCUUCUUCGGGGGCCUUGCUUUCCGACCGAGUAUCAACAGCUUCCAAUACGCCAACGCAAAAGCCAUCUCGAGCCUGGCAGGAUUGAAGGGUGGGUUGGCCAGCGUUGUCACAUCAUUCGACUCGAAAGCAGCGGCACUCAAGACACGAGUGCAAGAGUCGCUCUGGAACUCAACCUUCUCGCACUUCAUAGACCGCUACCAAGUCGACAACGAUUACGUAAAGUACUGGACCUUCAUUCGGGGCCGCGAACUCGUCGGCUACGUGCCCUGGACGCAUGACUUGCCAGACGAUGCGACUAAUUAUGCGCAAGCCUGGAAGCACAUUCUUGACACCAGUCAGCUUGCUGGCCCUCAUGGACUGCGCACCGUUGAGCCUAGCUACCAGUAUUACAUGCGUCAAUACCGGUAUGAGGGAACAUCACCCGAAUGUCAGUGGAACGGGCCAGUGUGGCCAUUCCAGACUACGCAGGUGCUCACCGGACUUGCGAACUUCCUUGAUCACUACAGCAAAGGUGCAGCCACUGGUGUGAUUACCACUGCAGAUUAUACGCGUCUUCUCAAGCAGUACGCUCUACUUCACUACAACCCUAAUCGCGGCGGUAUCUUGGAUCUCGAGGAGGAUUAUUACCCAGACACCGGAGCACCUAUCGUUGGUCUCAAACGCUCGCUUCAUUAUUUCCAUUCUGGCUACGUGGAUCUCGUCCUCAAUGGUCUCGUGGGUAUUCGCCCCAGUGCGAAAGAUAUCCUCGAGGUCAAUCCUGCUGCAAGCGCAUCCUCCAUCUCUUACUUCCGUGCUGACCGUAUCCUGUACCACGGACACGAAAUCGCCGUGCAAUGGGACGCAACUGGCUCGCGUUACGGCUCCGCUGGACUCAAGGUUUUCGUCGAUGGCAACCAAGUGGCUUCGUCUGCGACACUAAGUCGCCUUCAAGUCUCUGUGUCUCGCGUCGCCCCUCCGGCCAUCACUCGCCGAAUUGCGAAAUCCAUCCAGCUGAGCGAUAGCACUGCAUUCCCUAAAGGUAGCGCCUCCGAACCCAAUGUCGACGUACGAUCCCUAUACGGUACCAUCGACGGUCGCAUCUGGUUUUUCCCCCAGACUGAGGUUGCCAACGGAUGGAGCACGCCAGCUGGAAAUGGUACUGAACUAUGGUAUCAAAUUGACUUUGGUGCGAACACGACGAUUGCUAGUGCUGAGCUCGCCUUCUUCGUCGACUCGAGUCAAGGGUUCGAUGUUCCGUCAAAGUACCGCAUACAAUCCAACGUUAAUGGCUCGUGGGUCGAUGCUUCUGGAGCAAAGUAUGCGACCGCAGUGGCCAAUGGUAUCACGGCCGCGAGCUGGACGUCGGCAACAAGCACUUAA